AUGCAAUUUGAGUAUUUUAUUGAUCAGAGAAUUGCAAAUCAGGUUGAAUAGCUAAAAAGAAGGAAAGAUAAAGCAACAUCUUAGGAUCAAAACACCAAACAAGAUGAUGACGAAGAUGACUUUGAUGGAUACGUGCCAUUUACUGACAUAGAACACCUUUAAGAAUAUAAAUAGGUCAGGGUUGGCUUCGAAGGAAAAUAUCUUUCAGAAUGGAAAGGUGCCCUAUACUAUUUCGUCAUUAAAUACAACAAUUAUCCCAUUUCACCGGUUAGGAUAGAGUUUCCUAAGGAAUUCAGGCAUCAAUACAUUAUACAAAACACAGGGGUCUAUUGUCAUCCUGAUUGGAGUGAAAAAUACUGGAAAAAGUCAAUGACUUUGGAUUAAAUUAUUAAUAGAGUUAUUUCAACAUUCCAUGAAAUUCCAACUUAUUCAGAUUACCCUGUUGAUUUAAGCUUUGUACAGUUAAGCUUAAAUAAAGAUGAAUACUAAUAAGUUAUCAAAGAGAAUAAGAAUUACGCUACCAAUUACACAAUGAAGAUUAACGAAGAAAGAAGCUAUUACGAGUAGAAAAGAAAAUAAAAUGAACUGAUCAAAUAAAAAAAAGAAUAAGAGAAAAAAGAAUAUGAAAAAAAAGAAUAAGAGAAAAAGGCAUAAGAGAAAAAGGCAUAAGAGAAAGAGAAAGAGUUAAAACAGAAAACCUCUGAAGAACAUUAAAAAAUAUAAUAGUAGUAACAAGAUUAUUAAUAAUAAAUAAAUAAUAAAAAUUAGAAUUAGAUGCCUUAGUAAUACGACUAAAAUCAAUUAAUUAAUAAUAGAAUUGUAGGUAAUCAAGUUCCCCACCAACCGAUCAAUUAAAUGCAUACCUAACCCUAACUAAUACAAGAUUAAUAACGAGUAAAUUAAGGUGCCAAUCAAUAUUUCCAAUAACAACCGAGUAAUACAUAAUCCUUUAAUUCUGGCUAACUUAAUUACGAAUAAAAUAUGCAAAACAAAUCUUUUCCUGGUUAUAAUUAAAAUAUGCAAAAUCAAUAAUUUAUCAAUAAUCAAUAGAAUUUCUUCUACAAUCAAUAGAACUAGAAUGCUUAAAAUUAAUAAAUAUAACCAUAGUAAUAAUAAUAAAUGCCAUAAGCAAAUAAUAUGCAUUUUCAAAAUUAACAUCAACCCUAGAUGUAAGUAGGAAAGAUUAAAAUUCUGAAUCAUGAUUAGGAGAAGAAUUAAUGA